AUGCCCAAGUCCAAACGCGCCCGCGUCUACCACCUUAUCCAGGUGAACAAGAAGGGUCGUGAGGCAAAGGAAAGGCUCUUUUCCAACAUUCGUGAGACCAUUCCCAAGUACCAGCACUGCUUCGUCUUCAGCGUCGAUAACAUGCGCAACAACUACCUCAAGGAUGUGCGCCAUGAGCUGAAUGACUGCCGCAUCUUCUUCGGCAAGACAAAACUCAUGGCCCGCGCGCUGGGCACGACCCCUGAGGAAGAACAGGCCGACGGUUUGCACCGCCUGACACGCUACCUGACCGGUACCGUCGGCCUGCUCUUCACGAACCGCGAUCCGGCCGACAUCGAGUCAUACUUCUCCAACCUGUCGCAAGUUGACUUCGCACGCGCCGGCACCGUCGCCCCGCGCACCGUUACCGUCCCUACCGGCAUCGUUUACUCGACCGGCGGCGACGGUCCCCCCCGAGCACGACGUGCCCGUGUCGCACACCCUCGAGCCGGAGCUGCGCCGGCUGGCAUUUGCCUGAGCGAGUUCAAGGUGUCGCUCUUGGGUUACUGGAACUCGGCGAGCGGAGAGGUGACGGAGCUGGAGGCGGGGAAGACGCGGCCGAAGCGGGAAGGUAAUCGCAGGCAAGCGAUGAAUGGGGAUGAGAUUGACGAGGAUCAGUCUUCGGAUGAGGAUUCUGACUGA